AACCUUCAAAGAAACAUCCCUCAUGAAAACAACAUUAAUUUAAAGAAAGAUCACCCACGUUGUUCAAACCCAUUUUCAACUUUCAAGGAAUACAUUAAAAAAAACAUGAACAACUCCAAAAGCCAUGGUAUAAAUACACACCGCAUUAUUCUUCAUUUGAACACAAUCUCAUGUGCUUCGAGUAAACACCACCACCAUCACUAUUCAAAACAUAGCCACUACAAUGUCGUGUGAUGAUUUCUCUUCUUUGGAAUCUAUUCAACACUUUCUUCUUGCCCAUGAACAUGAUGAUUCCAACCCUCUCGAGAAUGUUUCCAACAACGAAAUGUGUUACUCUCAACCCUACAAUUCAUCCCCAAGCCCUACCUUAAAGGAAGACUCUAGGGCAGCGCGUGAAGUUCACGCGCCACCGGUUUGGAAGCGCUACCGGGGUGUGAGGCGUAGGCCUUGGGGAAAGUUCGCCGCAGAGAUAAGAGAUCCAAAGAAGAACGGUGCUAGGGUUUGGCUUGGGACUUAUGAGACUGAAGAAGAAGCAGGUUUAGCUUAUGAUAUAGCUGCUUUUAAGAUGCGUGGUAGCAAAGCAAAGUUGAAUUUUCCUCAUCUUAUUGACUCUCAUAUGUCUCUGAAGCCAGUGAAAAAAAUAAAGACUUCAAAAAAAAAUGUAUCGGAGUCUUUUUCGUUAUUUUCACCGACUUCAGAGACUCGAGAGUCAAAGAAGAAGAAGAACUUGGCUGAUUUGUUGAACAAGUUGGCCAAAAAUAGGAGCCAAGUGCAGGUGUUUGAAAUGGGUUUUCAUGCAAAUGAUGCUCCUGUUGAACAAUGGUGGAGUGAGUUGAAUGGUUGUGUAAUGGUGUAACGUGAUGCCCAUAAGGUUACACCAUGAUUUUAAUUUCUUGGACUAUAGUUGUUUGUUUGUUUGCGUAGUUUGGAUUUCUCCAAUGAAUUUUUGCGUACACUCCUUUUGAUGAAAUUCUGGGGGUGAUAUGUUUUGUCACGAAUUUUAGAUGGAAUCCCAUGCAUAAAAAAUGACAUGUUUUAAUUAAUUA